AUGUCUAUCGUGGCCUCGCAGCACCACCCCACCGGCCUUCUCCUCGCUAGGGCGCAGGAGCAGCAGAGCUUCCGUCUGCUCGAGCUUCCCGAUGCCUUGGUCGAGCUGCUAUCCUCGCCAAACCCCCCGCUCCUCACCGUCAAGUCAAGGCCCGCGCCGCCCUCCGCUAUUGCCCAGGCCCAAAAGGAAUCGUAUGCAUAUCUCUGCACGCCUAACAAGACCUACCAGCUCCGCCAAGUCCACACGUCCAAUUCCGUCCUCAUCGCCGAGCCCACUUCCCUCAGUGAGACGCCGGCCUUCUCCACCAUUGCUCAAUGCGGCUCCAUGCUAGAGCUCCGGCCCGUCGCCGACUCGCCCCGGCCGCUGCUCCAAGAGGCUCUGGCCGAGUGUGACGACGUGCGGCGGGAUGACGCUGCAGGCCCGGCCCUCAAUGGCGGGCCCUUGACGAGCAAGUCCAAGGCCGAAGUCUUUGCAGACGUUCCCUUUUCUGACGAGGAAUGCGAACGUGCGUGGGUUGACAUGUGCGCCUUCGACCUCAACGGUGUGCCUAGCUACCCGUCUGCACGGACGCCGUGGACCUACUGGAAGGCGAUCCACGCGCUGUCGGUUGCCGAAGGCAUCGACCUCGGCGCCCAACUCCAGAUCAGAGAUGUCCAGAGGCAGCUGGAAGAGGAGGGGUUGUUACCACAGCUAAUCGCGGCGAUAUUCCUCCGGCUGCUGCCAGACGACCAGCUGCCUGAACCAGACUGGACUGUCGUUGACCGCGCGAAAUGCGUACCCUGGGUCGGCAAGCAUCUGCUCAUCGCGCUCGACUCCCUUGACUCGGAGCUUCCAACCGCCAGCUUCCUCGACCAAUGGCGCGACGCGCUGCCAGAAGCAUGGAGAAGCGACGUCGCGCUUGAAGCAAUCAAGGAUGACUACGUGCUCCCCACCGAGCAUCACAUCGCGCCCAAAGGCAGCGCCCUAACGCAGUACCGGCGCACCGCAUCUGCCGGCAACGACAAGGGCGCAGCCGCAGCCGCAGCCGCAGAAAAGGGCCCCGUCAAGCGCAAAUGGCACGAGAAGUUCAAGGCGUCAAGACGGCCGCCGCAGUGA